UUUUUGCCUUAUCAGCACCCCUCCAACCCCUCCAAAAAGUUACCACUCGCGACUUCCAGCUGCGACAACAUGUCAUUUGUGAGGAGAAAUACUGUGCUUUCGGCGAGGCCAGGGCGGCCGCUUGCUCAGCCGGCACCUGCAUCUGAAAAGCAACAACUUGCGCCAGGAAUUCGACCGUCGCCUCUCGAUGGCCGGCCUACUACAUCGACGGGGACGUCAUCCCUCGAUCAGCUCCUCGCAGGGCACGGAGGACUGCCCUUAGGAAACUGUCUACUGGUCGAGGAGCAAGGCACGACUGAUUUCUCAGGGGUUCUGCUCCGAUAUUAUGCCGCAGAGGGUCUCGUUCAAGGCCACCAUGUACAUCUUGUUGGCUACCCACCAGAAUGGAGACACCAGUUGCCCGGCGUGGCCGCGCCAGACAGCGAAUCUAAGGCAGCACAACCCGCGCCAGCUCCGGAAGAGAAAAUGAAGAUCGCUUGGAGAUACGAGGCGUUGGGGAAUAAAGCAACUCCAGGAGCGGCAGCAAGGGGGGACACCAACCAGGCGACAUUCUGCCAUUCGUUCGAUCUCACCAAACGCCUUCCCCCAAGCGCAUCCAAAGGAUCGCUACAUCCCACCCCGAGCACAUGCCCGCCGACGUUCGACCAGCCUAGCCAGGCCGCAACCUCUCCUUUCAAAACGAUAAUCAAACACUUGCAAACAAAACUCUCAGCCUCUUCGCCAACCGAUAUUCACCGCAUAAUCAUCCCAAGCCUGCUUCUGCCGAGUCUCUACGCCCCGCAAUGCGCCCAACCCUCCGAAGUCCUCCAAUUCCUCCACAGCCUUCGAGCCCUCCUCCGCCAAUACCCCACCCAACUCACCGCAAUCAUCACCCUCCCGACCACCCUUUACCCACGCUCCUCCGGCCUCAUCCGGUGGAUCGAGCUCCUCAGCGACGGCGUUAUCGAGUUAAUACCCCUGCCCGCCAACCCCGGCGCGCCUCCGCCUUCGUCAGGAUCGGGAUCCAAAUCCGGAGGGGCAGACAAGAGUGACCAGGCUCAAGGCCUGCUAUAUGUCCAUACGCUGCCGGUGUAUCAUGAGAAGGGGGGUGGCGGGGCCGGGGCGAGUUCGUUUCGGGAGACGCUAUCGUUCAGCCUCAGUGCGUCGAGGGGGUUGGUAAUCAAGCCUUAUAGUCUGCCGCCGAUGGAGGGCGAGGAAGAGGCGGAGAAGUCGUCGGCAAGUAAGGGGAAAGAGGGUAUUGAGUUUUGAGGAGGAACCCCAUCUCAUUGACACCCGAUGGCGGUAGCUGUGGGGGCUAUGCGCGGUCCCGAAACAUGGGUGUUAGAGUUAUAAUACUGAUACAGACACACCUCGGUGAUCUAAGUCUAUACCCAGAUUUGAUGCUCGUCAUGUUAGACAAUACGAAGAAACUUUGGGAUAGGAAGCUGCGAGUUCGGUGGUAGUGAAGGAGUCUGCAGCCCUGUCGAACUGCCACCAUCCCGACUCUAUAUACACUUACCAUCCCUAGGUAUUUUUAACGUUUAUUUCCACC